AUGCCAGGUGUCUCCGCCCCUCCAACCCUGCCUGUUUUGGUGCGCAAGGCAUCAUGGGUAUUGCGUUCCGAUGGCUCCCCGCACCUUCACUUUCAUCCGCUGCUGAAUGAUUCGCUCAACCGGCUGUUCUACGACCAUGCUCUCAUCAACGGUACCCGUGUAGAAGACCGUCACAUGUUCCUAUCCGUACGCUGUCCUGAGCUAAAGCUCCCGUUCCUCUUCGUCGGCGUACCCUGUGCAUCCGCGAAGUCUCUUAGUGGAUCGCACAGCUGUGAGGCCGAAGCUGAGGCUUGCCGCCAAAUUGUGUCGGUGUUAACAAGGAAGAACAUCCCACCCUCGUUUCUGGCCAUCAUAGCGUUCUACAAAGAACAGCUCGCACAGUUCGCCAAAACCCUCGAAGUCGAUUUGGAUACAGUCGAUUCCGUUCAAGGCUGUCAAGAGAACAUCAUCAUCCUCCUCACCACGCGGUCUGGCUUCGAUGCUGACCGAGGAGAAUUUCUCAACGAACCUCAUCGGUUCAACGUCGUGCUCACCACGUAUAGGCACGGCCAGUUUGUUCUAGGUCACGAGCAGUCUUUACAGGUCUCUCAUACUGGAAUGACAUCUUUAGGCCCGCAACGUUCUGCCAUAGUCUGCCACUGCGUUACCGUAUCUCAUCGACUUACGAACCCUUUUUCCUCCUCCUUGAAACCUAAGGCUUCCGAUCGGCGACUUAGAGAGAUCUCCGCUGCAACGACUGGACUCCGGCCUGCGCCUCCGUCACCCUUCGAUCCCUUCGGGCCGUCGCCUCUGGGCCCAACGCCUCCGCCGAAGAUCCUCAACUGA